AUGUUGGAUUGUUCUCAUAAUAAAUUAUCUUCUUUAAAUCUGAAUGGUCUAAUUAAUCUUUCAAUAGUUUGUUGUGAUAGCAAUUAUUUAUCUAGCCUAAAAUUAACUGGUUGUUCUAAUCUUCAAGUAUUAUCCUGUUUUAAUAAUUAUCUCACUAAACUCGAUUUUUUAAAUGAUUUAUCUAGCAGGAAAUUGAGAGAACUUUUAAUCGGCAAUAAUAAGUUUAUUAAUGAUGAUUCCAAGCGGAUAGACAAUAAUAAAUUUAACCAUUUUGCUGGUUCUACUGAAGCUUUAAAAAAUCUGUUACACAUUGAAAAUACCAUAGAACCAAAUGAUUAUAGGGUUUCAGAGGUCCGAUUAUUUAAAGAAAUGGAGAAAGUUGGCGAAGACUUUGCCGAUAAUCUAGUAAUCUGUGGCGAUAGUUUAAAUGCUCUAACCAGUUUAAGCAAAAUCCCAGAAUACCGAAAAAAGUAUGUGAAUAAAAUCAAGUUAAUUUAUAUUGACCCACCUUUUAAUACCGGACAAAUCACCGACCAAAAUUAUAUUCUAGUUUUUGCUAAAAAUAUCGAGCAGUUUAAAAUUAAUCGCUUACCUCGCACAGAGAAGCAAAAUAAACUUUACAAAAACCCAGACAACGACCUACGGGGCUUAUGGAGGACGGAUAAUUUUAGUGUGAAGGCUAUUAAUCCUAAAAAUGUUUAUCCAAUUACUACUCCCUCUGGCAAAAUAGUUUACCCGCCAAAAGGACUUUCGUGGUUGGUAUCCCCUGAACGCCUUGAAGAACUAAUUAAAGAUAAUCGAAUUUGGUGGGGAAAAAGUGGCAGCAAUGUCCCUGCUCUAAAACGUUUUCUUAACGAGGAAGUGGGACAUAAUGACGAAGCAAAAAAGGAAAUUAAAAGACUAUUCCCUGAAAUUGACCCGUUUGAAACUCCCAAACCCGAGAGACUACUAAAAAGAAUUAUCCAAAUUGCCACGAACGAGGGAGAUAUUGUUUUAGAUUAUUUUGCUGGUUCCGGCACUACGGCUGCCAAUAACGAAAAUACAAUUAAUAAUUUUGCUGUUCCACGAUUAAAAAAAGUUAUUAGUGGCGAGGACAAAGGCGGGAUUAGCGAGGAAGUUAAUUGA